CUACGGCACCUUUGCCGGGGAGUUCUACGACCUGCGCUAUCUGUCAGAUGACGGUUACGCUUUUCCGACCGCUCCUCCUGUGGAUCCAUUUGCCAAAAUCAAAGUGGAAGACUGUGGGAAAACUAAGGGAUGCUUUAGAUAUGGGAAACCAGGCUGUAACGCAGAGACCUGUGACUACUUCCUUAGCUACCGGAUGAUUGGGGCUGAUGUGGAAUUUGAGCUGAGCGCAGACACAGAUGGCUGGGUAGCAGUUGGAUUCUCUUCAGACAAGAAAAUGGGUGGUGACGAUGUCAUGGCCUGUGUCCACGACGACAAUGGCAGGGUCCGCAUACAGCACUUCUAUAACGUGGGCCAGUGGGCAAAAGAGAUUCAGAGAAAUCCUGCCAGAGAUGAAGAAGGAGUUUUCGAGAACAAUCGUGUCACCUGCCGGUUCAAACGUCCUGUGAAUGUUCCCAGAGAUGAGACGAUAGUGGAUCUGCAUUUGAGUUGGUAUUACCUAUUUGCCUGGGGCCCAGCCAUUCAGGGCUCUAUCACCCGCCAUGACAUAGACUCUCCACCGGCUUCAGAGCGCGUUGUCAGUAUUUACAAGUAUGAAGACAUUUUUAUGCCGUCAGCUGCCUAUCAGACCUUCUCAUCUCCGUUCUGCUUGCUUCUCAUUGUUGCCCUGACCUUCUACUUAUUGAUGGGAACCCCUUAGCCAUAGCUGCAAGGCCAGCAGAGUCAAUGGAUUGGAAAGUCUUUGGUAUAAACAUAUUUUUUAAAAAAAUAUCCAGUAUAAUUUUAGCUUCUGUUAUUUAAAAAACUCAUGAUUUCAGCUUUUUGGAAGAAAGAAUAAACUUCUUUUGUAGUCAAAGAGGGUUGUUUAAUAAUGAUCCUACUUUUGGGAAGUACUUAAAACUUUUGUAAACAAUUUCAAAUAUGUUUUCUUAUUUGAGUCUCACAAGAUCUCUGUGUUGGCUUGAUGAAAAAUUAAAAUGACCAUCUUAGCAAGAUUUGAGAUCCAGAAAAGCUGCUCAUUUAUGACUCACAUGCCAUGUACCUUGGUUAUUUGGUUAAAUAACACUUAGCAAGGUAGGGAAGAGCUAGGCACAGAAAUCAUGUCUCUGGACAAUCUUUACUGAGUAUUACAGCCCAAGAGAGUUACCUUGAGUAUUACUAAAGAGAACCUCCCUGGGUAUCACAAGUUCACGGUCAGUCUUUUGAGAAAUUUUCUGUAGAACAUAAGUGCUUUUAGAUGUGUACACAGUUGAUGGGAAGGAUGGGGAAGGUUACAAUAAUAUGAAAAUUGUUCAUACCUAUUUGAUUUCUUCUCACAGUGUAGCUAUAAGCAAACAUUUUUAAUAGCUGUUUGAAAAAGGUUACAAACAGAACUGUGAAUGUUCCUGAUGCCAAAUCAUUUUAAUGGUUAAAAAAAUGCGUAUUCUUAGUUAGAAUUUGGACUAUUCUACUAUUAUAUUUUGUAAAUGAAGGUAUUCAUCUAUUCUUAUUGCCAAUUCUGUUGUCGAAGUCAGCAUGCAUUAAAGUAUGCGUUGUUAACAGACAUGA